AUGAGCUCCAUUCUUAGCGAGGGCGACGCCGAGAGCAGCAGAAGCAGUCUAGAUCGACGAGAGCCGCGAGGGCCGGAGGCUCUGGUGAUCGCAUUUCGGAUAUUGCGAUCUCGGCCUUGCUGUGCACUGCGAAGGAUUCUUCGCUGCUACGCGGUAGUGAUCGCGCUCUUCGUCGCUGUGGCCGAGACCGAAUGGGAAUUCUUCUUGAAGUUCUGGCGUGUUCUUGAGUACUGGGUUGGACGAGUGAUGACAAAGGCCCUAUCAGAUGAGCACAAGGACCGUGCUUAUCAAGUGGUCUUUUCGGAAGUCGCUAGUGGAAUGCUCCUGGGAUGUGGUGCAGUUUACGUUGUAGGAGGCCUUUUGUGCAUUAAAAAAUUCAAGCGUUCCCGCAUUGAAAAAUCAAAAGAGCGCGAGAAGGCUGCUAAAGAUCUCGAGGAGCUAGAAAAGAGAAGGGGUGAAUUACAAGCCUUGCUCUCUGCAAGAGGUUGACGAUUUAUGUAUUUUAUGUAGUUUUACGUCUAAACGAGACUCAGUUUCUGGCAUCUUCGCUAUAUGCUGAUUUUGAGAGUUAGCAGCUCUUGCGUCAGCUUUCUGAGAUACGUGGCUUGUUUUAGAAGCUCGUGGCAGCAAAAGCCGAUUGCUCCAAUCGUCAACGCGGCUUCCGAAUGCACUAGCUGGAAAUCUCCGUAGAUUUCUUCUGGGGGUGAGGUGUCGGCGUCGUCUUUGAUGCUAGACUCUUCGAACUGAUUCUCUAUGUCUGCAGUAUGCUGGGCCUUGCUUCUUUUUUGGCGCAGGGACUGAUAAGUGCACUCGAAAGUUUUUGAGAGGCCAA